AUGGGUAGUGCAGCAUCAAAACGUCGCGCUGAACGUGAUAAUGAUUCGCUUAUACAAACAUUAGAUGAACAUGAAAGUGCUGUCAAUUGUAUGGCAUUAAGUAGUGAUGGAAGUGUACUAGCUACAGGCUCCGAUGAUCAUAAUAUUCGUUUAUGGAGUGCUAAAACAACACCAAUUGAAUGUUUAAGUGUAUUAACUGGUCAUGGAGAUUAUAUCACACAUGUUCUUAUUGAUGAAACUUUUUUAGUCAGUGCUAGUGCCGAUCGUACUAUGCGAAAAUGGGAUAUGACUAAUGCGCAGUGUGUAUUUGUCUACUCUGGUCAUACAUCCCUUAUAAAUCGAAUUGUUUGUACUGGAGAUUUUCUCUUUUCAACAUCAUAUGAUCGAACAGCUCGUUGUUGGGAUUUCGAUACUGGCGCAUGUGUACGUGUAUUUCGCGGCCAUAAACAUGGUAUAUUACCCAUAUUAUUUAUUCCAGCAGAUCAAGAUGGCGGUGAAGAAGAUAAUGAAGAUGAGACAGAUAUGUAUAAAAAAGAUAUUAUAAUAACUGGUUCACAAGAUUCAACAGCUAAAACAUGGUCAUUCGAAACUGGUGAAUGUUUAAAAACAUUUCGUGGUCAUACGGGAGCCAUACUCUGUUUAACAAGUGAUCCACUUGGAAAAACAUUAUUUACAGGAUCAGGUGAUAAUACAAUUCGUGCAUGGGAUAUUUAUCGUGGAACAGAAUUACAUGUUUUUGAUCAACAUCAAGCAGCAAUAAUAAAUCUUCUUUGUUUUAACAAAUUACUAUUUUCAAUUAGUGCGGAUCAUACAGCACGUUGUUGGGUUACGGAUGUUGGUGAUUGUACACGGAUUUAUAAAGGACAUAAACAUACUGUUUCUUGUAUUCAAGUUGAUAAUGGCCUUGUUUAUACUGGUUGUGGUGAUGCUUUAGGACGAUGUUUUGAUGCACGUUCUGGUGCUAUAAAACGUACAUUUAAAUCACAUGCACUCGGUAUUAGUUGUAUGCAGAUUGCUAAUGAACGAUUAUUUACUGGUUCUGUUGAUGCUACAGUAAAAGUUUGGGAUAUAAGUGAUCUUAAAGGAGAUAUUAUACCAGAUUUAAAAACCGCAAGAAGUAAUGAUGGACGAGGUGGUAGUGCAGAAAAUCGAUCUGAUGAUGUAGAUUCUGGUAUUGAUGAUCGUGAAUAUCGUGAUCGACGUGCACAAAACAUGGUGUGA